AUGGACAUCGAACAGCGAAUCAAAGCCUAUCGGUUCGUCUCCUAUGCGGCCGUCACAUUCUCUGUAGUCGCCGUUCUUUCUGUUUGCCUUACUCUGCCGAUGGUCUACAAUUAUGUGAAUCAAGUGAAGCGUCAGAUUAACACUGACAUCACUUUUUGCCAGAAAACAGCCAAAGGCAUUUGGUCUGAAGUCAAUCAUCUCGCUGAGCAACCGUUUGCGAACAGAACUGCUCGUCAGGCAUAUGGCGGCGGUGAUGAGGGUGUGACAGGUGGACAAACGGGCGGCGGUGGGAAAUGUAGUGGUUGUUGCCUUCCUGGACCACCAGGAGCACCAGGAACUCCCGGUAAACCUGGUCGCAAUGGAAAACCUGGAACUCCUGGACUACCAGGAAAUCCUGGUCGUCCACCACAGGCACCAUGCAACCCAAUCACACCGCCACCUUGUAAACCUUGCCCAGCUGGACCUCCUGGACCACCUGGUCCUAUGGGAGCAGCCGGAGAUCCAGGACCAGAUGGACAACCUGGCCAACCUGGUACCAGUGGAAACCCAGGUCCACCUGGCCCGAAGGGACCUCCUGGACCUAACGGAAAUCCUGGUACACCGGGAUCUCCUGGACAACCUGGAGAAGACGCUGCCUCUGAGCCAAUCAUUCCUGGAGAGCCUGGACCUCCUGGAGAGCCUGGACCACAAGGACCUCCCGGACCUGAUGGACAGCCCGGAGCUGAUGGACAACCCGGACAACCUGGACCUCCAGGACCUCCUGGAGCCGAUGGACAACCAGGAUCCGAUGGAAAUCCUGGAGCUCCAGGUGACCAUGGACCAGAUGGAAUUGGUGGCGAGAAGGGUAUUUGCCCGAAGUACUGUGCUAUCGAUGGAGGAGUCUUCUUCGAGGACGGCACUCGCCGUUAA